AUGAUUGAUAUCAAUAUUGCGCUCCAUGGCUCCGACCAGGAGAACGAAGCAUGGAACGGGGAACAUGCACAAGAGGAACGAGCUCGUUUGCAAACCUCGCCCCUGACGCACUCCCCAGGCCAGGGUUUAGGUCAUCCCCAAGAUGCCAAUGUCCCCAGCAGCCCGGCGUUGGUUCCCGAUAACAUCACUGCGUCAACUGAACCCCUCGAGAUGGAGAGCUCUGUCGCGAGCAGUGAUUUCAUGGACAUUGACAACAUAGCAGAUAUGUCCGACGUGCUCUUCGACCCUAGUGUUCCAUCGAGUGGACAUGAUAUUCGGAUUAAUCUUGAUAUAUACAGUCCACCACGGCCUGCAGAAGACAGUUAUUGGCAAUGA